AUGGCGCAUCGCAAGAGCUGGUUGGCGCGCCAACCAGUCAAGACUGUCUAUACUGUCUGCGCCGCGGUGAGGGCUAUAGCACGACUAUCCUUUCUUUCCAUCUACUAUAUCCCGCACUCGCUGCGGCCCAGAAAAACCUGGACCUGGAAGCUGGCUCUCGGGUCCGAGGCCACGAGGCUCUCCGUCGUCUACGUGACUGCAAUCCAGCUGCAGGUGCCCAUGUCCCUGGAACCAGGCGACGAAGGCGAGCGAUUCGUCAAGUGCAGUCCCCGGGCAGACCUGCAGGCAUUCUACAGCGGAAUCCUGCAAAGCAAUAAGAACAUCCAGCCCGAGACGCUUGGUGGCACGUGGUAUCCCCAUUGUUACGACAAAGACACCAGCAACAAAGUCGUGCUGCAUUUCCACGGCGGCGCCUUCGUUUUGCUGGACUCGCGCGAGGAAUAUUGUGGACACGGACUGCGCACGUUAAGCGAGCAGUUCGAUGGAAUCCCCGUGUUCUGCCCGGAAUACCGUCUGGCAACAUCGCCAACGGGGAAAUGGCCGGCCCCGUUGCAAGACGCAGUCACCUCUUACCUCUAUCUGCUCUACGAGCUGAAUAUUGAUCCAUCCCGGAUCAUCCUCUCCGGUGACUCAGCCGGUGGCACGCUGGCUCUAGCUCUGCUACGGUAUAUCAUUUCGUCGCAAUCGCGGGUCGGCGUGAAUGCGCUGCCGCUGCCUGUUGCAGUGCUCCUUUGGUCUCCCUGGGUCAAUGGGCAUGGCACGGAUGACGAAGCCAACAAAGACAACAGAAACAAAGGCAUCGACACAAUCGGACCGGGCUUCCUCAAAUGGGGGCUCCAAGAACUGACUGAUAACGAAACAAUUAUAUCGUCCUCUGAUCCAUACCUCUGCCCUCUCGCGGCCCCAUUCAAAACAGACUCGGUACCGCUAUGGAUGCAGAUUGGCACCGCAGAGCUGUUCUACAAUCCUGUGCAGAAAUUUGCGAAGAAAAUGCGAGCAGUAGGGAAUACGGUUCAUUUGUAUGAGAUUCCGGAUGCUGUGCACGACCCACUGAUCUCUUGGAAGUUGGGUUUUCAGGAGGAGCUGAAAGAGGGGAUGCGACAGGCAUGGGAUAUGGUCAAUAAUACUACUAAUGGGCGGGUUGAAUAA